ACGGAAUUUGAUGCCAUUCCGGAGGACAGGAAUAGGCAACCUGAAUUUAUAUAUUACAAUAUAAUAAAAUUAAUAGGAAAUUAAAUAGACAAGCGGAAUAUAUCGCUCAAUCAAAUCAUCACGACAGCCGUGUUGAGAUGGAGAGCCGUCGCACAGUAACACGAAGGUCGAGAAAUCAACACACCAGAUUGAUCAAAUUAUAUCUAUUUCGGAAAGCGCCACACGCCUGUAGCCUAGGUGUGUGCAUCCGAUGGUGGGCUCGAGGGCGUUUUGUGUCAACAAACGAAAAGUUCCACAUCAUCGCGCUCGGAUUCUUCCACGGAGGCAGAGGGACUGAAGGUGGGACGCCCCCAUGGCCCACGCCCGCUUCCCGGGAAGGACUGCAAACGUGGCUGCUAACCUGACUUCCCCGGUGCUGGGUCGACCACUGUGCUCUAAUGGGACGCCCUGGAUCCUCUAUCUGUUCGAGCAAUGCGUGGAGAAUGUGUGGGAAUACUGGAGCGUAGUCAUCGGGCUGAUCUCAAUGUUCUGUUUCUUGCUGUCUACUCUACCACAAAUCUAUGAGGCUUAUCGCAAUGGUAAAGUGGAGGAGGCCAUGUCGUUUGGCUUUCUGCUCUUCCUCUUCAGUGGGGACCUCAGCAGUCUAAUAGGCUGCAUCCUGACCAGCCAGCUGCCCAUCCAGAUUGUGACAGUAGUGUUCUACAUAUUCACUGAUCUCCUGCUCAUCUCCCAGUUCCUCUACUACAAGAUAAAGAACAACUCAUCUAAAAAGCGCCCCAUGUUGAAGUGGUUGUGUUUCCUGUGGUGUGGGGCUUCCACUGUGGCCCUCCUGAUUCUCCCCAAGUUCCUCACUGACAACAACACCUCUGCCAACACUGAGAGUGCCUCUAACAGCGUGGAGAUUUCUGGUUAUGCCUGUGGAUACGUGGCCUCCAUAUUCUACCUCUCCUCUCGUUUUCCACAGCUCUACAAAAAUUUUAAGCGACAGUCUACAGAGGGCACGUCGUACAUGCUGUUUGCCCUGGCCAUGAUGGGCAACGGGACUUACGGGCUCAGUGUCAUUGUGGUUCUACCAGCUCUGGCCGGCUCCAAACAGGCCUUCAUUCUCAAACAUCUGGCCUGGCUCAUCGGCAGCCUGGGAGUCCUCCUCCUAGACUUCUUUGUCACCGCACAGUUCAUCAUCUAUAGGAAGAACCACUCCGCUAAAACCAGCAAGAAGAUGAACGUUCCUGAAGUAGAACCUCUGCUCUGUGAAGAGGAGGAGCUGUCCACAUUCUAGAAAACACAUGAUUGAAGUUCUAGAGUGAGAAUACAUGAUUGAAGUUCUAGAGUGAGAAUACAUGAUUGAAAUUCUAGAGUGAGAACAGUAAGAGAUUUCCAGAAAUCGUCUCCAUAAUGCUGAGUGGAGACCUAGAAUAAUCCAACAAAUGUGAUAGUACACCAAUGUUCCCUCCAUUUAAAUCCAGGUGAAUUAAAGGGGGCGUCUUAUGUUUGAGGAAUGUAAUCUCAGUAGAACCAUUCUCUAUAUCUUUGUAAGGGGGCUCAUAUGAUCUAUUCCCUAUGUUUUUCUUAUUACACUAAAGGCCUAUAGGGUGUGUCUCAGUGUCACAUUCCUCUAGUCUAUGUUUGUCAAUGGUUAGAGGUCCUGUGUUUUCCAGGAUCAGAUCGGCAAUACACUCUGAACCGUUCACACAGCAUUGUCGUCUAGGUCAACAGUACAAGAAGGCAUCAUAACAGUGAUUGUUCCUGUAUGUAGGUUUAAAAAGAUCAUACAUUGCACCAAUGGUAGUGUAUCACAUUGACUAUUGAUGUGCCACACCAACAGUAAUCUAUUUUUCACUUGUGGUGAAUUUGUUAUAGUUUGCCUCGGUUUGUUGUAGGAGCAGAUUCCGUUGUAAUUGAAUCCCUAUAUAAGUUGUAGUUGGUAAAUUGCUUGGAGUGAUACACAGUGUUUAGAUCGUGAAGAUGCAGUGGGUGAAGCCUGGUAUCCUGUGCUUUGCAUCUACACAACACUGUUGAACUGAUGAUGUGUGUAGUGUAUUUUAUU